CUCGCCAAACAAACAAUGCUCCAUGUGCAGGAGAAGUAAAUAAAAGUUUCUUUCUCAAGUUUGCGAUGAAGCUGCUUCACAUAGAUAGAUCCAAACAUAAGGCCGUCUGAUGAAAGCUGGUCGGGAACAGAAACAGAUCCAAAAACCGAGUCGAGGAAGAACGAAAGAGCGGUGAAGUUUACGGCGGUUUUAAAGGAUGCUUUGCUCUUCAAGAAAGGACGAGAUGAAAGAAGUUGGAGAGGAGGAGGAGGAGACAGAAGAGGAGUUUGCAAAAGAUCAAGAGGAACAGAAAGAAGAUCGAGAGGUGGAUGGAGGAGAGACGGAGAGUAAUGAAGUACAAGUAGAGGAGGAAAAUGAAAACAUCUCCGUCAUGUCCUCUUCUUUGCUGUCCUCCAUGUGUGGAGGUAGAGAAGGUGUCAGGGAGGAGGAAGAGGAGGGCCGGGUUUCUCUUAUCACCAUCGAGGAAGAAUCGUGUCCAUCUGAACCAUUUAGUUCGGUUCAGUUGCAACCAAACAGUGAAUUAGCCAAAGCUGAAGAAAGAGAAAAUGAUGGUGAAGAAAAGGAGGGUGCGAGAGAAGUGGCUGAAGAUGAUGAAGAAUCGGACAAGGAGGAGUCAUUGUCACCUCUUCAGAUGAAGAGGAAGUUGGACCAUGGACCAGACGGCCGUCCAUUUCCCUCUGGGAAGAAGCACUGCAAAGGCAGCGGAUACCUCAGUCCUUCCAGUCUGGUUCAGGCCACUCCCACCACAUUCGGUGACCUGCGGCUUGAUAACGGGCACUCAGCUCAGCGCCGGCGUGUCGCCUCUGGCCCGCCUCCAUCCGGCCUGCAGGACUGGCUUCACACCUUUCAGACCUGGAGUGGACCUGAGAGGCUGCUGGCUCUGGACGAGUUGAUCGACAGCUGUGAAACCAGCCAGGUGAAGCACAUGAUGCAGGUCAUCGAGCCCCAGUUCCAGAGAGACUUCAUAUCCCUGCUCCCUAAAGAGCUAGCGCUGUAUGUUCUGACCUUCCUGGCUCCCAAAGACCUGCUGCAGGCGGCGCAGACCUGCAGGUACUGGAGGAUCCUGGCGGAGGACAACCUCCUGUGGAGAGAGAAGUGUCGAGAAGAAGGUAUCUCCGAGUGCCCUUCACUUCGCCGCCGAAAGUGCGUGAGGCAGGGUUUGUCUGUUAGCCCGUGGAAGUCCACUUACAUCAGACAACACCGUAUAGAAAACAACUGGAGGAAAGGGGGCGCUCAGGAGCCGAUGGUGCUGAAAGGACACGACGAUCAUGUGAUCACUUGUCUUCAGUUCAGUGGCGACUUAAUUGUUAGUGGUUCGGACGACAACACACUCAAAGUGUGGUCGGCCAUCACUGGACAGUGUCUGCGAACGUUGACGGGUCACACCGGAGGUGUUUGGUGCAGUCAGAUGACUGGCGCCACCGUGAUCAGCGGCUCCACCGACAGGACGCUGCGGGUGUGGAACGCCGAGAGCGGAGAGUGUGUCCACACUCUGUAUGGCCACACUUCCACUGUGCGCUGCAUGCAUCUCCAUGGCAACAGGGUGGUUUCUGGCUCUCGGGACACCACGUUACGUGUCUGGGACGUGGUUACAGGACGCUGUGAGCACGUACUGACCGGCCACUUGGGGGCAGUGCGCUGUGUCCAGUUCAAUGGCCACCGUGUGGUCUCUGGGGGAUAUGACUACAGGGUGAAGGUGUGGGACCCUGAGACGGAGACGUGUCUACACACCCUGCAGGGUCACACCAACAGAGUGUACUCUCUGCAGUUUGAUGGAGUCUUUGUAGUGAGCGGAUCCCUGGACACGUCCAUCAGGGUCUGGGAUGCAGAGACAGGCGGCUGUGUCCACACACUGACCGGCCACCAAUCCCUGACCAGCGGCAUGGAGCUGCGUGAUAACAUCCUUGUGUCUGGGAACGCAGACUCUACUGUUCGAGUGUGGGACGUCCGGACAGGACAGUGUCUGCACACACUGCAAGGCCCCUUCAAGCACCAGUCAGCAGUGACCUGUCUGCAGUUCUGCAGAGGUCUGGUUCUGUCCAGCUCUGACGACGGCACCGUCAAGCUGUGGGACUUGCGUACAGGUGCUUACCUGCGGGACGUGGUGGCCCUGCAGAGUCGGGGAUCAGGGGGCGUCGUCUGGCGCUUCAAAGCCUCGGACACUCGGCUGGUGUGUGCCGUCGGAAGCAGGAACGGCACGGAGGAAACCAAACUGCUGGUGCUGGACUUUGAUGUGGAGGCCAAGAGGAAGGAGACGGAGUGAAGAAACGGAGUGAUGUCAUCAAACUGAGACAAUGCAGGACUCUUGCAUCUUUGUUGAAAGUUCCCGACAGUCACAUCGAAUGUCUGACUCUUGUCCUGAUCGGGCGGCUCGCAGCUGAAGCAGCAUGGCCGCCUCGAUCAGGACCGACUCCAAUGACCACAUAUGAAUGUUCGAUUGGCAGAAUCACGACAGGUCACCAAGGCAACUGGUGGAUAUUGAUGGACUCUACUGCGAGAAGAACAUGACUUCCAUUGCUGCUAACCAGGAGGCCACCAGUGCUGGUUACAUCAACCAAGAUACCAAAUGUUUACGGCCAGUGAAGCGAGGGAGAACAGCGUUGUGAGAAACUGAACCUUAGUCAGUAUUGAAGCAGCUUCCAGCAUCAUUUCACUUCUCUGUUGCCUUUUAGUGUGUUUUCUGCUACACAGUACUGUAAAAUGCUCGGUGCCAUGUUUAAUUCUGGGAAUUGAACCACAGCCUUGAGUCUGCAGAGGCCAACAUUCCAGCUUUACUUCUAGACUUUUUUAAACAUCCACUUGAUGCUGCUUUUUUUAACGUUUUGAAGUUCACAUGUCACUAAUGUGCGUUGCUUUCGGUGGGGUGAUCCAAAUCCUGUUUUUCUCCCCGAUAACGCCCAAGCGUAGUUUCAAUAUUUAGAUAAAUAAUUUAAAACUUGCACCCCUGAAGAGACGUUAAUCUGAUGAGCUUUAGUUGCCAGGCAACACCUCCAGCCAGUAAGCAGAGAUUCAAGAGAUAUUUCUCCUAGCAACAAGUCAUAUUUCAGGCGCUUUUCUUAUUUUUCCAACAAGUGUUGCAGGUUUGCGGCUCUGGAGAAGUCGAUGUAAUCAUGUAAGAUAGUGUACAUAUGAAGAGAAUGUGCUUAUUCUGCUUUUUAUAUGGAGAAAAUAUUGUUGUGAUGACAGACACUGAUGAUGACUAUUGAUCA